CCCCCCUCGGCCCCCCCCUCUGACCACGCCGCACGGCUUGUAGAUCGCAGAUCGUAGACAACUCGCGACUUUUGCACAGUGCACCAAGCGCGGGUGCACGCGCCAAAUCGUCUUUUUUCCCUGGACUGGCGCAGUGAAUCUCCCCUUUACCCCCCGCUCCGCAUGCUCCGCAGUACGCGGUAUUUUUCCCUGUUCCUGUGCAAUACGCAGGGUAAAAUAUCGCCACCCGCGCCUCGGCGCCCUCGCUCUCCUCCGUCACAUCAUACAUGUCCGCUGCAUUCUGCGUCCCCAAUCGCCACCGAUCACCGAUGACCACACUCUUCUCCACAUCCAUCCACACAGUAUGCAUAGAGCGUGUACGAAUAUCCCGACUGCGCCCCUCUGCGCCCCUCUGCGCCCUUUCUGCAGAUGACGAUCUUUGUCAUGCCCAAAAUGACCGUGCCUUGCCCUUUCGGUGUUCCAAGGUGAGUGACCCUGACCAGUACGUCAUCUCUCUAUCCACCGGCGUCCGGGCUCCGGGCAUUCACCGUACUGUACAUGACACUACUUCCGCCAAGCAAACUUUACAGCACCUGUGUGAUCGACAUUGGAUCUCGAGCUCGUUGCCCAGCAUGCCCAGAGACCACAGCCUACUCGCGCCACUCGCCCCAUCCUCUGCCGUACAUCUCGUACCAUCGCUUCCUUCGCUAGUGUCGCUUGCUCGCCUGCCUCCGCAUGUUACGCCGUAGUUGGUCUACCUGGGCUUGGGCUGUGCGGUGGGGACACGUGGGCCGAGCACCACAGCUCCUCCUUACCUCCGUAACCCUCCGUAUUGUUUAUGACGCCGAAGCAGGCGUGCGCGUGCGUCGCCUCG